CGCUGUGCGUCCACCACAGUGACACCGGUUAUGGUGCCUGUCCCCGUCUCCAGUUGCAGAUAUCCACUGGCUGCACGAAAUAAUAAGUGGGAAAUUACAAGUUAGACGCCCUGUGGAGGGGUUCUGUCUGUCGGCUUGAAGAUCUUCCACGCCCCCCCCCCCGACUGUUCCCGGGUCUCGCCAGGAGUCAGAUAGUGGAUCUCUGGGCCUUCAGGCAGGACAGUGCCAGAAGCAGCCUCAUUUGGGAGUAAUUCAGCAGGUAGCAGGGCUCCAUGAGCACCACGGGGCAGCAGCAAGGUGGUGGCCUACGCUCUCGCCGAACCCUUGUCCGGGACAAGGACCCUGUGCAGAGUAUGGGCAUGGAAGCGACCUGCUGGCUGGCCCCUGGUGUGCUACGCAGGUUGAUAGAGUUGCCCUCUCCGCCACUGUCCAGACACCAGCUGAAGCGGCUGGAGGAACACAGGUACAGCAGUGCCGGGUGCUCUCUGUUGGAGCCUCUCAUGCAACGUUACUGGGAGUGGCUAGUGAGACGUGUCCCCUCCUGGAUCGCUCCCAACCUGAUCACCAUCAUUGGCCUGGCCACCAACGUCUUCACCACCCUGGUGCUCGUCUAUUACUGUCCAACUGCCACAGAACAGGCUCCUCUCUGGGCGUACCUGCUGUGUGCUGUGGGUCUUUUUGUCUACCAAUCUCUGGAUGCCAUAGACGGAAAGCAGGCCAGAAGAACCAACAGCAGCUCACCACUGGGUGAACUCUUUGACCAUGGUUGUGACUCCCUCUCUACUGUUUUUGUGGUUCUGGGAACCAGCAUAGCAGUGCAGCUGGGAACCAAUCCAGACUGGAUGUUCUUCUGCUGCUUUGCCGGGAUGUUUAUGUUCUACUGUGCCCACUGGCAGACCUACGUGUCUGGCACUCUGCGCUUUGGCAUCAUUGAUGUGACUGAGGUGCAAAUCUUCAUAAUAAUCAUGUAUUUGCUGGCCGCCCUGGGAGGAUCUGCUUUUUGGCAGUCACUGAUUCCUGUCCUAAACAUCCAGAUGAAAAUGGUUCCUGCCAUUUUCACCUUUUUAGGCGCCAUCUUCUCCUGCACCAAUUAUUUCAGAGUCAUUUUCACGGGAGGCGUAGGCAAAAACGGAUCCACCAUCGCAGGAACCAGUGUCCUCUCCCCUGUCUUACAUAUUGGUUCAGUGAUAGUUCUGGCCAUGAUGAUUUACAAAAAGUCUUCUGUGCGGCUCUUCGAGAAACACCCAUGUCUUUAUAUCCUGGCAUUUGGAUUUGUCUCUGCCAAAAUCACCAAUAAACUAGUCGUCGCUCAUAUGACGAAAAGUGAAAUGCAUCUUCAUGACUUAGCCUUUCUAGGACCAGGACUUCUGUUCCUCAAUCAAUAUUUCAAUAGUUUUAUUGAUGAGUACCUGGUGCUGUGGAUCGCGUUGGUCAUUUCCUUCUUUGACCUGGUGCGCUACUGCGUCAGUGUUUGCAACCAGAUUGCCUGCCAUCUUCACAUUUUCGUUUUUAAAAUCAAGCCUUGCUCUGUGCUCAGUACCGCUGCUCACUGAGGACUCGACAGACUUUUCCUCAUCCCAUUUGCCGCACUCAGUUUCUUUGGUUUCCCUCUGUUGUCCAUGUAAAAACAGAGGACCACAUGGUGUAAACGUUUGUGCUUCUACCAACUGAAUGUGAGGACAAGUAUAAUAUAUAUAAAUAUACGAUAAUAUUAAUAAUGAAUAUUAUUGUUCUUGUUUCUUCCUCAGCAGUGCAGGAUUGACUUUGUACCAGUUUCAGUAACUACGAAUCUCCUUCUGACAGACUCGUUUCUAAUAAUUCAGGUGAGGUCAGGUGCUACUUGCUAUGUUCAAGGAGACUACGCUGAAUUGUGUAUUAACCGUGUGGGGACAAACUCUUUUUUCUUUGACGUGACUAUGAUUCUGUAAUAUUUUCAUAACUUUUGCUAUUAUUACUGUAAAUACAGAACUGUCUUCUCUAAUUUAAACCUUUCAUAUGUGACGUUGACCUGCACAUUUCACAGAAGCUGUGCAGCUGGGUGUCAAAUGCAGUUUUGGUGGAAACGUAAUUAGAUUGCUGAACAACUUGUACAUUUUAUCGCUGGUUUUUGUCUUUUAACUCUGAGCACCUCAUUUUAAAUUCAGCUAAACUUUAUUAUUGGCUUUUUUUCCAGUUAAAAAGAACAGUAAGACGUGAGAGAGUGGGUUUUCUUUAGCAUUUUGCUUACAGUGACGGUUCAGAAUACGAGGCUGCUUCUCUUUCUUCAUUAUCACGCUCACAAAAACCACAAGUGGGAUGACUUCUCACAUUUAUGCACUGCAAGACUUAAAACGCACUGUUGUACAUGCUCAGAAGCUGACACCCACAUCGACACCAGUGUGCAACUUGGCUAGAAAGUCAAUCUAAGGAUUUAAAUCUGAACUAGAAUUAGCAUAUUCUCCUGUUGCAGUUCUCCAUGUUCCCAACACACACAUUGAGCUUCCUCCACUGUUUGACCUGCUGCAUGUGACCAUCUUGCGUCAUACUAAAUAUGACAAACAUUGACCAUGUGCACACCUUGCACAAAUACAAUGGAGAAACACUCAUAUGGUGCCAUUGCGUAAUAUUCAUUUUACAUGUGACGAAGACUCGUAACAUUCUUUCCCUUCUGUCUGUCUCCCUUGAAGAGAACAUCUGCUUAUGCGAGCUAAGGAUAAAUGAAUGCCUAAUAUCAAGUUGGUCAAACUCAAGACCCGAGGUCUCAAAUCGAACCUUCAGUUGAUUUCAUGUGGGCCCCCAACAGAUAUGUCUAAUCUUCAAAAUUAAAUCAUUUAUUGUUUAUAAACUUCCUAAAAAAUACAGUUUUUUGGCAUGUGAGGUUGUAAGAUUGACUUAACACCCAUGAAGUAUAAAACAACACAAAACGUAUGCAUCCACAAGUCACAGUCAGUUAUGUCAGUCAGUUAUGAGUUGUUGUUUUUUGGGAAUCGACUGAAGGCUAUUCACUUUUUCGAUCUGAAUACAGCUAAUCAUUUGGUAGUAAGACCUUGUGACUUGACAUGAUCUGCUUUCAAGAGUGUUGAAUAACACACGUGUUUUGUUCUCGUCCAGCAUUUCAUUUCGCUCGAUCUGAGUUUCUGUAAUGACGCGUGUGACGUUGUGAAGCAGCCACAAGAUGUUUUGUGUUAGCAGUUUAAUGUUAUAACUGACUGAUGAUUUUUGACACGCUGCUGUUCAUUAAAUAUAUUAUGUUUUCACCAAAACUGAAGCCCAGCAGUUGCACAGGAAGUGGAUGUGGAGCAAUAAAGAUCUUCAUUAUCCAUCAGGUUCAGAUCGAACUGCUGCAGUGUAUGUUUGUUGUUCUUAACAUCCUCUUACUGUCACUGUUGCGCCUCAUUCUAAAUGUUCAUUGUAGCUGCUUCUGGAGAGAACGCCCCGCUCCGACGGCCUGUACUUGUGUGGAAGACUCACUUUCACAUUUUUUAGUUUCCACAUCUCGUGCCUGUUUUUAUUAUUUUUUGUUAAUCGGUUCUGCAGAAACUGUAACAACUGUUGAUUCCAUGAUGUUAAAAAAAAUAAUAAUUCAAUGCCAAGACACUGUGAGAGUCAUUUGUGUGCAAAUCUGU